CGCAGCCGCAACCGCAACCGCUGCGUUCGAACCAGUCAGACCCUUAGUCAAUCGGCUUAAUCCCAGUCGAGAUUUCCCAUAAUCUUCCUGGAUGAUGCUAACAGUCUCGUCUAAUUUCGAUUCUAGAAAGUCAUUGAUUUCUUUAAGCACAUUGAUAGCUGGUUGACAUUAAAAUGUUUACUAAAACCCAACUUUAAUCAUUUUUAUUAUCAAGAAAUCCAUUUUAGCACAUUGGAUUUAGUUGAAACUUACAAAAGCUGUAAAUUAAAAGCAAGUCCUUGUUCUUGGAACUCAAAGUAGAAGGACUUGCUUUUGAUUAUAGGUAAUAUGUAAUUGACAGGCUGUAAUAGGGGGGGAGAGAUCAAUAACUUGAGUUGUGAUCUGAUUUUUGAUUCGUUGUCACAGGUGGAAUAUUAUAAAAGUUGAUCUUUCAUAAAAAAAAGCCUCAUUCAAAGCCACCACCUAACUUAAGCUGACAUUGUAUUUUAUUGAAACCUAAACAAAACCUUGCAAAUUAAGUAAGAACAUUAAAUUAGCAAGAAAAGUUCAAAACACCAAGGUGUUAAGAAAAUUGAGAAUGAAGAGAGACCUUGAGCUGAUCAGUGAUGGAGUCUUCUUGAUUCUUUGGAGGGAUGAUCAGGGAACCGAUUGUCAAACGAUGAUGAAGGAGAUAAUUUUAGUCUUUUUUUUAUAUAAAUUCUCAAGUUACUAAAAAUCUGGUUAGUACGUAUAGAUACUUCCGUGUUUAAAAAAAAAAAAGCUCUCCAAUACAUCUUAGAAUAAAUGUGUGUUUGACAUAAGUUUUUUUUUUUUUCUGAAACACUGACAUCGGUAUUUUACAUAACGAUUUUAGAAUAGAAUAGAAAAAAUAUUAGGUCUAAAAGUAUGUGGAUUAGUUUAGGUGGGUGCACGAUUUUGUAGAUUAGCCAGUUAAUUUGGGGCCAUAAAUCUUUCGAAAUAUUCCUAAAUGCUAAACAUAUGUAUUAACGAAUAUGCUAAAAGUUAAUGGCCCGGAUUUUUAUUUAAAUCGAACAUACUAAAAGUUCAUGUAUUUUUUCAUAAUUAUCUCAUAAAUUUCGUAAAAUUGUUUACAAACUAUUCGAAUUGAACAAGGAAAAUCCCUAAAAAUAUUCAAACUAUACGACCUAUUAAUAUUGUACAUAUAUAUUUAUUUAAUUUAAGUUGUUAUGCUAUUAAUAAAAUGGUAAAAUUAUAACAUCUGUAAUUGGAUAUUUAGAGUAACUAUUUUAAUAGUAUAGGUACCAGAGGCACGGGCCUCAUGCAGUCAGCAAAUUUCUCCUCAAUAAAUGAAGAUGAAGAUGGAUCGACCCUAUUACAAAUUCCAUCUCUUUCAAUUAGAUGAGAAGCUGCAUUGAAGAUGGAAGCCUUAUCUGUCUGUGAAAUCAUUUAACGAGACUUUGCAAUUUGUCUGGUUGAUGUGCAAUAUUCAUGCUUCUAUAAAUGAAGUUACUUCUUCUCCUCCUUAUGUACACCCAACCACAACUUUCUCUAAUGGCUCCAAUCGGUUUAUUUGAAGUAUUCUUUUUCUUCUGCUUUCUCAUUUUAUAUUACUUCCUCAUCAAGAAACCCUUAGGUUUCAAAAAAGAUUUUCAUAGCAACCCUAGAAACUGGCCCGUUCUCGGUAUGCUUCCUGGAGCGCUUGUGAUUCUCCAUCGACUAUAUGACUGGAGCGUUGAUGUUCUCGAGAACGCCAACUUGACGUUUCAGUUCAUAGGUCCAUGGUUGUCUGGAAUGGACAUAUUGAUCACGGUUGAUCCAGAAAAUAUCAAUUACAUACUGAGCUCAAACUUCUCAAAUUACAUUAAAGGUCCUGAGUACCAAGAAGUUUUUGAAGCUUAUGGAGAUGGGAUCGUCAACUCGGACUUGGAGCUAUGGAGGAAUUUGAGGAAGGCUUCUCAGGUCAUAUUCGGCGAUCAAGGGUUCCAAAACUUCACAACAAGUACCACCAGGAGUAAACUCAAAGACGGUCUUGUGCCUCUUUUCAAUCAUUUUGCAAAGGAAGAAAUGGUUGUGGACUUGCAAGAUGUGUUCCAGAGGUUCAUGUUCGAUACAACGUUUAUUUCUUUAACCGGGUUCGAUAUGAAAAGUCUCUCCCUCGAAAUGCCGGAGGUUGGGUUUGCUAAUGCUCUUGAUGAUGUUGGAGAUGCGAUAAUGUAUAGGCAUAUUACGCCGAGAUUCUUAUGGAAGCUACAAAAAUGGAUUGGAGUCGGAAGAGAGAAGAAGAUGACGGAAGCUAAUGCCACUUUUGAUCGUGUUUGUGCAACAUACGUAUCAGCGAAGAGAGAUGAGAUAAAAAAAGGAAAAAGUGGUGAAGAUCUUUUGACAUUAUUCAUGAAGCUUGAUACAACCAAAUUCGAGCUCCUGAACCCGAGUGAUGAUAAGUUCCUCAAAGAUUUCACGGUGGGUUUCAUGGCGGCAGGGAGAGAUUCCACUGCUUCUGGACUCACUUGGUUCUUUUGGAAUAUGUCUGAAAACCCUAGAGUCUUAACCAAGAUUCUUCAAGAGAUAAAAACAAAUCUACCAACAACAACCGGAAGUGACCAAGACACAUCGUACUUGAACAAGCUGGUUUAUUUACAUUGUGCAUUGAGUGAAUCAUUGAGGCUCUUCCCACCAAUUCCGUUCGAACGCAAGUCUCCAAUCAAACCGGAUGUGCUUCCAAGUGGGCAUAAAGUCAAAUCAGCUACCAAUAUUAUGUUCUUUAUCUAUGCGAUGGGGAGAAUGAAAACCGUAUGGGGAGAAGACGCGAUGGAGUUCAAGCCAGAGAGGUGGAUUUCAGAGACAGGAGGGUUCAAACAUCAGCCUUCGUACAAGUUCCUAUCGUUCAAUGCCGGUCCAAGAACAUGUUUGGGUAAGAAUUUAGCUAUAAAUCUGAUGAAGGCAGUGAUCGUGGAAAUAUUACAGAACUAUGAGAUUAAGUUCAUCAAUGGACAAAAGAUUGAGCCAAAACCUGGUCUUGUUCUUUACAUGAAGCAUGGGCUUAAAGUCACAAUUACUAAGAAAUGUUCGAGUCUGGAGUGAAACCCUCAAGUUGCUUUUAAACUACAUUUACCAAAAUUAAGCAUGCGAUUAAUAAAAAUGAUCAUAAAGAUCCUAAAUAAUUAAUUGGUAAUUUUAUUAUUAGUUAUUUCUGAAAUGUAUUUUCUUCUUUUUUUUCAGCUUGAAGCUGAUUUUUAUUAAUAAAAUGCCUCUUUUGUAUAA